AUGAGUGUUCCUUGUGGCAGAAAGCUAGUCUUUUUCCUUAUUGCUUCGAUCUCCCUUUUCGUCGAUACGGUGACAGGCCACCGUCACGAUGAAAAUCAAGCGAUUACGGACAACGAGAAGGAGGUCAAAAUUGGAGUGUUACUCCCCAUGACUGGUUACUGGCCAAUCGGGAAAACUUCAGCCUCCGCCAUAACCAUUGCUGUUGAUCGGAUAAAUGAAGACCAAACACUAUUACCUGGCUAUAAUAUGACUUUUCUGUGGAACGACUCUAUGUGUCUAGCUGCGGAAGGUCUGAAUCAAGCAGUGGAAUUCCGAAUCGCAGGUGUGGACGCUAUUAUUGGAGAUGGAUGUGAUAUCAUCUGCGGACCGGCCGCGAUUUUAGCCUCCUCGUGGAAUCUUCCGAUGGUUUCUUGGGGAUGUGAAUCGCCGACGCUAUCAGAGAAAAGCAUUUACCAGACGUUUGCACGAACUGUUGGGUCCUUCUCAAAAAUGGGAAAAUUGUUUCUGUCGGUAUUUCGCUAUUUCAAAUGGAAGAGCAUCGGAAUUUUGGCAUCGACCGAGAGUAUAUGGCAACUGGCUAUGUCGGGCUUGAUGAAAGACUUUCUGGAGAACGACAUCGAGAUUAGAUACUUACACACUCUUAGUCCAGGGCAUGUUUUGGUGACAGAAAGAGAGGAGUUUAAAAGCACGCUGUUACACGCCAAGGAAACGGCGCGAAGUAAGUGGACGCAGAAAUGAAUGAGAAAUUUUAAUAGAACUGAAUGGAACACAGUUCAUGGCGCAGUAAAGCGAGUAAUGUCAAACUGGCCGAGCGCGUAACGUGUGGCUGAUUUGAAAAAGCAAGCUCUAGAAUCCUUGAACCGUAGAACAUGAAGGUCGUAUUACCAAUUAUGUAACAAAUUAUCGUAAAGUAAUUUAUUUAUGAAACAUUUGGUCUUGUAUCAUCAGUUCAUAGCUUGAAUUACUUUAUCGUAAACUUUACAUAAGAUUACAAUUUUUGGCAAGGCUUGAAAUGUCCGGCUCAGAAACUUUUUACAGUGGCCAAUUUACAUUAUCAACUAUGUUGAUAGAACCAAAUUAUCUUGUAAAACAUCACACCGACACUUUUCUUUAAAAAAUUAUCACCUUUAUUCAGAAUGUUAUUUUGCUCAGGAAAAUUGAUUUUGUUAUCCAACCAAACUUUUUCCUUCCCAAAGUUUGAUUAGUUAGCCUGGACAGUAUUUUAAAAUUUCUUUAACGAGUAACAUUUGCAGCUUUUAAACAUCAAUUGGCUGUAGAUUUGUCGUCCGUUUCGACUUCAGCUUGAACAAUUUGGGGUAACGUCUGCGCAUGACAUUUAAGCUAUCGCUUCGAUACCCAGACACAGGCUUACCCCAGUAGCUUUACGCAUCCGCACUUGUUUUUAUUUUCUCUGCGUUUUCUUUCAGUAUUUGUCAUGUUAUGCUAUGGUGGCGACAUGCGCGCGAUUAUGCUGAACGCGCUCGACCUCGGCAUGUUGAACGGCGACUUUGCGUUUCUAACUGUAAACCUUUUGCCAUCCGCCACUGUUGGAAAUAACACCUUUAUGGGAAACGAUGGCCGUGACGCGGAGGCGGCCUUGGCGUUUCGAGGAAUUCUGAGUAUCCACGUGCGCGAACCGACCACACCCUUGUGGCAGUCGUUUAAAGAAAGAGUAAGGGCAAAAAUGAACGCAUCUCCUUUUUACAUAAAGUUGGAUGACAGUGAGCAGGUAAUUAAGCUGGUCGAAGGAACUUUUUAUUAGUUAUCGCGGGGGGGGGGAGGAAGGUUUGGAGAAUUUUUUUUGGGGGGGAGGACCACACGGUUUUCAGGGGGAACUGAGGGGAGGGUCAGUAAUCCCUAACAAAGUAUUAAGGGGGGACUAUAGCGAUGAAUAACAACCGGUUCCGAGAGAGUAACUUUUUUUUAACGAGUCGAGUGAAAUCCUCCUAGAAUUUUCAAAUAAAUUAUUUUUGCACAAAAUAAAACUCUCAAGUUUCUUUUUUCAGUUUAUGGUUUCUUUCGGUUUCCUGUGGACUGUUUCUUAUUAGCGUGGACAGGACAAAUGGGUUGAAUUCAAACCCUUUUGUUAAGAAGGACAAAUAGGACCGGGGGGGGGGGAACCAAGGAAGGGAUCCAAUGAUAGUAAAAAAUUUUGGGGCGUUCCUCAAUAUCAGUAAGACGCCAUUGUAUAUUUGUUUCUUAUGGACAGGUGGAAGUUUACGCUGGAGCCAUCUAUGACGCCAUUUAUCUUUAUGCGAACGCGCUCAAUGAAACUCUUGCCGCUGGAGGGAGUAAAAAGGACGGAAGGGCGAUCGUGAACAGAAUGCUGAAUCGAGAAUUCGAAGGUAGUAUGAGAUCAUUUGGAAGAGGGUUUAAAUAUGCGUCUUUUUUUGUUGAUGAGAUACAUGUCGAUCAGGUGCAAGGGGUGCCUGAAGAAACUGGACAGCUGGAAUUUGAAAACUUGUAGGUGCCUUGAGCAAUAGCGAGGAUGGUUUUAAAACGAGAAACGUAACUUCACCGAAAUGGAGUCAAUGACUGUCUGUCCUUCUGUCAUGUUUGUCUAUCACGUGUGUAUAUCAGUUAUUCUGUACGUCUGUUUUUACACCGUUUUGUCUGCUUGGCUGUCUGCCUGUCUAUCAUUGGGUACAGAAACGGAAGACUAGAAGACGGGUAUAAGAAGGAGGCUGUCAUAAUAAGUGUCAGAUAAAUUAAGUUCGAAGAUUUGAGAGCAGAUUAUGCUUUUGAGAGUCACUGCUGAAAACAUGGCAAUAUGCCGAAAAUUAUGCUCAAUUGAGUGAUUCAUAAUGAUAGCGUUAAAGACCCUCUCGGUUCCCUAUCUCCCCGCCCCUCACCCCCCUACCACCCCCUCACCCCCCCCAAUUCUACCACCAACUGGUGAAACUUGCUAGGGAUAAAAGACUUACAAAGUUCAGAACAUAACAUUUUACUGAAUCAAGUUCCUUCUAAAUGCGAACAAGAAAAGAGGGUUCCCUACUGACAUUGCACAGGCUAAAGAGUUUAUCUCUUGCGGAAGGUUAAAGGAAUUUUUAAGAAGUUUAGUUAUUAUGCUGGCAUUACGCUCGAUGCUUUGACUAUGGUAUUAUACCCUAAAUUAUGCCGGAAUAACUCAUCUGACCCCAGGGCAUAAUUACUCUGACCCCAGGGAAUAAUUGUGCUGACCCCAAGGAAUAAUUUUUCUGACCCCAUGGAAAAAUUGCUCUGACCCCAGGGAAUAAUUACACUAGCCCCAAGGAAUAAUUGCUUUGACCCCAGCCACAAUGGUGGUUGUUAGGCGUCCAUCAGUUCCGUUGCGGGGUAAUAGAGAGUAAAAACAAGGGUGAGGGGUAGGAGUAGGGUGGGAACUGACGGAGAUUUUUUCUUUUCUCCCAGGGGCUUCCGGUAUAGUGCGUAUAGACAGUUCCGGUGACAGAGAACCCGACUACUCGCUCAAGUAUUACGUGAAUGGAAGCUUUCAGAACAUCGCCGAUUACAGUCACAAAACUGGAGGCUUUAAUCUCAGAGGUUGGUACCUUUACCUCGGAAUUCUCCCAACGUCCUUGGAAGGUUGUCGCUUAAAAUGUAAGGAGAAUUCAGACGGCAUCAUUUUUGUAGAAUUAUCACCGUGUCUACGUUACUGCUUUGCAGAUGUGAGCGUGAUCUGGGCCGGGGGUCGGACCAGACCUCCAUCGGACAAACCGAGGUGUGGAUGGGAUAGGGAGCUGUGUUUGGAGGAAGAAAAGAAAAGUAAAAAUUUCGUUCUUUCUUUGCCAUUCAAAUCGACAUUAUGUAAAAUUUGUGAUCGUGAAGUCUAAUGGAUUGUUCUGAUUGCUUUUCUAGCUGCACGUAUCGUAAAUGCGGUGAUAGGUGCCUCUAUCUCUGGGGUGGUGGUGUUAGCUUUCAUGUUCUUCAUAAUUAUCAGGUAAUCAACGGGUUUUCUAGCUAGAUCUCUCAAGUUUUAACCACAGGUUAUGUUAUUCUCCCUCAAAAUUUCCAUGACUUUCAAUUUAGUGCCGUUAUUUCGACAUCGGACAACUUAAACGUCCCGGGCGUAGACUGGUGUCAUUUAAGUUUCGCUGAAAAAUUUUCCCUGGAUGUCUUGAACUUUGGUCGAGUCCUUGGGCACAAUGUUUUGCUGAGAUACCACCGAGAUUACACCUUGAAAGUCUCAAACCGCGUUAACAUGAGCACGUUGGUCUUAAGAAGCUUAAGAUCAAAGGAUUCAGUUGUAUUUUCCUGUUUUGAUAUAGGAAGCUUCGUUAUGAGGCAGAUUUGGCUGAAAAUAUGACGUGGAAAAUCCGCUUUGAAGACCUCAAAAUGAAAGAAAACGUUAAACAGAAGCCUAAACCCCAGGGCAUGUUACCGUUCUGGUUUAAUAAUUUCAUCAUGCCUCACCAGGUAAGAUGGCAGGAAGCACAUGUUUGUCAAAAUCCAUCACGUGUUAUAAAAAUGUUUUGAAUUUACUUCUGCAGUCACACUUCAAUGAGGUCACAGACUUACCUUGCGCUAUUGAGGAGAAGGCUACAUACCCUCUACUCUUUUUGUGUCCUUUUCCUGGUUCUGUGCUCAGUUUGCGCACUUAAUACGGAAGCAGCGUACACCUUUUCCAGCGCUUUGCAAUGACUGUACGUUUCCAGAGCUAUGCACGCGCUUCAUGUCUUUCCGCGCCUCGCUGAGGUGAAGUGUUUUCUCGUGCUUGACACAGAUUGAAUUUAUUCCAGCGUUAGACACUAGCUGCAUUUCUAACCAAAAGGCUGCAUAAUGCGGUGGUUCCAAGCUUGUUCAAAUAGUUUUAGAGUCAAUGGUUGCGUACUCACCGCUUACCACUUCAUUUUAGUAACCUAUUAUACUCUUUUUUCAUGCACUGGAAGUUGUAAAAUAUGAACCCUUAGGCUAUGAAGUAUGUUCUACAAUAUUCUACACACACUCCAGCGAUAUGUUUUGGAACCAACGCGGCGUAAAUUACGAAUUGAGGGAAAUAGGUUUUUUCUUAGGAAGGAAAUAAGAAUAAAUAAUCAGAUGGGGCCGAGUAAAAUAAGGCAUUAAUAUCAUGCGUGUUGCAGCGCGACUCGGGAAAUUUAUGCAACUUCUGAAACACAGUGAUAUUAAUCCUUAAUUUUACAAGGAAAUAAGCGAUUACUUGUUGAUAAUAUCGAGGGCCAAAGUUUCUUUCAUUAAGACCUCGCUGAGUUGAUGUGUUUUCUCGUGCUUGACACAGCCUGAAUUUGUUCCAGCGCUAGACACUAGCUGCAUUUCUAACCCAAAGUUUUCCCGCGCUUGAUAUUUACAGAUUAAACUGAUUAUUUCUCGUUAUACCUUUUCUCCAGACUGCAGCCUCAUCUAGCGCCAACCCAACCCACGUGAGCCGAAAUAAUGAGAAUUCUUCCGCAAUAUCGGAUUUAGAAGAUAAAACAGAGUACGCGGGCACGACCAUUGGAGAGUAUCAUGUUAGUGUUAGUGCUGACUUAUGUGCGGCUAUUGUAGGCGCUUGUGUAUUUACGGAAACAGCUCUGUUUUCUUUAAUUUUUAUUUCACUUCUGCCGGUUUUCGUGUCCGUCUUUCCACCCAUUUCCACCUACCGAGAGCCUAACACGAAAUAGAACCACACCAAACGAACUGCAUUUUAUUUCAGACGCAAACGGUAGUUAUCAAGCGACUCAGGAAAAGAAGCGUUCAACUGACAAGAGACGUUUUGAUAGAACUAAAACAGGUAUUGUUAACAGUAAUGGCAUGGUAGUGAUCCAGAGGGGGAGGGAGGGGAAGCUACUUAAACUAAUGAGGGGAGGGAAAGAAUGGAAUGUCCAUCCUUACAUCAACACAGAUUGUGAGAUAAUUAGUAAACUGCUGAUGUCUCUUGUGUCGUUUCUUUCGAAACAAGAAACAAAAAUUUUGCCAGUUGCCAAUGAAACUCAUAGGCAGACAAUAUGAAAAUUAGAUAUGAAAUUUCCUUUCUCACUUUAAGCCGCAGCGCAACAGAAUACGCAUCAAUGUGCGAUUUUAUUUUUCUCUGCGAGGGUGUUUGCGCUUCUCAAUGUUUCAUUUCUCUAAGUUAGCUGAGCGCUUAUUAAUCGUUCUCUCCCAAGAUCUCAUUAGUAAUUCUCCUUACUGUCUACCAUGUUAGUUUAGAGAAUUCGAUAUUGGAUCACUUAACUAUUCCCUAACUGAUAUUUUCCUCAUUCUCAUCACUUGUCUGCUUUACACCGCAUUGAUAUCGUAAGGAGAAAUUAUGCCAUGGUCACUCUUGGGAGUUAUAGUGCUAAAAUCUUAGAUCUCGGGUAAACUUUAAGUUUCAUGCUGUUUUUUUUUCGUAAUUAGAAACGUUCAGACGUUUCAUUUCUUUCGGCAUCAGCUACAUGUAGGUAUACUUACAACCACGGCCAAAUUUCCUGCUUUUUCCUUCUAAAAGGUACGAGAUUUGAGUCACGAGAAUCUCAACCCAUUCAUUGGGGCGUGCAUUGAGUCACCAAAUAUCCUUCUAGUGUGGUCCUACUGCAAGAAAGGAAGCCUACAGGUUUGUAACUCGUUUGUACGCGAGUUUUUACGCGAGUUUGUUGAAACAUCUUUUUGUGUCAUCUGGUGGAGAGGCAACCACUCUACACAUAAAGGGACCCAGGAUGCACCUCGCGCCUGCAUAUAUUUUUCAGUAUGUUCCGUAUUCACAUUUUCUUCUUGAACGGUUUUCAAUCGAUUGUCGAGAGUAAUCUAGAAUUGCAUUGAUUUUACUUUACUUCACUCUGUGGCUUGUUAACCCUUUACACCCUAACAUCAGUAUGCAUAUUCUCCAUACUGUUCUCUAUACGUUCCCUAAGGUGCCGAUAAGUAAAAUUUGUUUCACAGCAAAGAGAUUCUUUAGUUUGCGAUCAUUUCCUUUAUUCUCGUGCCCUUAACGUUCAAUUCAGGGGUGAUGUCGUAAGGAGAAAUUAGAUACUAAUCACACCUAGAAGUUAAAGGGUUUAAACCACUCACACCAUUAUCUCAUCUCUCGUGAAAGAUCUAUUCACGCAGGCACUCAAAUUUCGCCAUUUGCUAUUUUCGAUCUUGUCUUGUUUUUGUCUGUAGGAUGUACUUGCGAACGAUGAAUACAAGAUAGAUUACGCUUUCAAGUUAUCUAUGUCCAUCGACAUUGCAGCAGUAAGUGAAUACUGUUUUUGUGGUCACUCACAUCUUAAAGUUUGUUGCCGCUACUGAAUUAAAAAUUUCCCCACUUUCCAUCACCUUCCCACCCUUUUCAUGGUAACCCUGUUCUCCCGCACUUGUCAUUAGCCACAGGUUUCCCUCUUCUUUAGAGCAGCUGCUGACUUUUUCAUUUUUGCUCGCGCUCUACAUCGGAUGAAUAGUUCCGUGCAAUUGGCGUAAGCUACAAAUCAAUUCUGUACUCGAAACCGGGUAGGUAUUUUCUUACGUUGGACACUAGUUAAAAUUUUUCGCGAGCUGCUUUUUAGCUCGAUACUUUUCUCUUGCCUUCCAUUAGAUACAUGUUUCAAAGCGCAUCUCAUUAGUUAUUUCUCCCUUUAGACAUCAUCUACAACGCUUCUUCGAGCAUUCGAGCUCAGUUAUUUGCCUCCUCUAAGCCUGCGAGCACGCCCUCACUAUCCGCCCCGGGAAAGAAUGAAGACGAGUCACAGAGAGGUUAGACGGGGUUCUGGCACUAGUAAUUACCUGUGAUAGAACCCUAGCAGACCUCUCAUCGACUUGCGUUUUUCGAGGCCUCACACUUUCCUAAGGGGCAGAAAAACGCUGGUGCCGAAACACCAGUACUGAGAGAAGGGGUUAAGUUUCUAAUGAAACUGUUUUGCUGCGUGGAUGGGACAGUAUAACAAGACUUUUCGAGAGUUAGUCCUUCGUCAAUGGCUCUGACGAAAGGCUAACGCUCGAAACGUCAGCUUUGAAAUUCUUAACGGUUGCCAGUUUACGUUAUCAACUCAGUUGAUAAUUCCAAAUUACAACUAACGAGGGCUUGCUCGUAAGCUAGCCCCCCUGUGGUUUUUUCGUGUUUCAUUACUUAUCCAGCAAUUAAUUCACGUCUGACCGCUUCCUGGAUCUCAAGACGGCUGUUUUAUACCUAAAUCUUUCAUUUUACCCGACCUCCAGGGUAUGAAAUAUUUACAUAACAGUCCAGUGAAACUUCAUGGUAACCUCGCCUCAUGGAACUGUAUGAUUGACAGCCACUGGGUGGUGAGCAUUACAGACUGGGGACUGCAUGAUUUUAAGGAAGGCGAGGAUAAGGUGGACUGUGAUGUAACAAAGAUGUACGCAGGUAAAGAAGCAGAAAAAUACAUCUGAUUCUUUGCACAUGUCUGAAUGAGGGCGUUGCUUUUCCCAGCUGAGAUCACCAGUCGAGAGUUUACAAUUCGUAAAUUCUAACUGCAAAGCUUGAGAUAAACGUUACUGUCCAUGCUUGGCCUACGAACAGAAAUAAAACAAGAUAUGAGAAAUAACCCAUAUAAGGAGGCAUCACUCACUCCAGAGUUCUCUGUAGCUCCAUAGUGGUGGAAUGGAACGAGGGUAUGUGGUUCGAUUCCUCAUGAGGAUUCAGAUUUAUUUCUGUGCCCCAAAAGAGCGACAAAACAAUCAGCAUCUUUCUUUAAAAAUAAUGUUGCUAAGCCUGUGUCAGGCACUCAGUUGGUGUAAAACAUCCAAUAGUUCCUGGAAUGAAAACAUGAAACCAGAGAGUCUAUCGAUCAGACCAAUCUCGCUUUCAUUUCCCUUGCUCUUUUUCGCGUUGAUCUGUCAGUGCUUUUGGCAUACUUAGUGACGGCAUACUCAUCUCUUCAUUUUCUUUUACAGAUCUGUUAUGGACAGCACCAGAACACAUAAAUCUAAGCAAGGUGGAGAGAGAAGGCUUGUCACAGAAAGCUGACGUCUACAGUUAUGGAAUUAUCUUACAGGAAAUUGCUACUCGCUCAAAACCCUUCAUUGAUUGUCCUCUUGGGCCUAAAGGUACAUUAAACAGCUUUUCAAAACGAUAUAGACAGAUACGGCUCCGAUUAAAAUCAAUCAUCUUUGUGAGGACUCCAGUCCUUGCCUUACAUAAACCUCAUCUUUGUGGAUGAGAGGAUACCGCUGUUGAAUUAACAGCGCACGCCGGCGCAAAAGAACACAUUCGAGUUUACAUGUUUUUUGUGCAGUGGAUUUCCUUCAACAAUCCUCUCAGCCUUACAGAGAGAGAAUUCACCUCUUUAGCUGGAUAAUUCCUUACCGAGGAAAGACAGUCAUUCUUACAAAUCACACAUACUGUGUAUUUAUUUAUUUUCUUUUUAUUUCUGUGAGAAAAAGUUCGUGGCUGGUCGUUUAGAAUCAUCAGAUACUUUUGGAAUUGUUAAGAAAAUUCGCUGAUGAUAGAAAUGUGGCCCUUUAUCGGAGAAUAAUUCCCAACCGCGUGUUAACAAGCUACAUUUCUGCACAUAGAAACAACAAACAAAGAACAUUGUAAGAGUCUUUGAAUGCGAUUCCCAACUAGGAAACUCUGAUGAUUUCCUUGGCUGAGAUGAAACAUCGUGUCAUACUGGACACAAACUAUUUUCCAUUUGUAUUGAGCAAUUUUUUUUGUUCCUUUUGUAAUACAGAAAUUAUCCAUCGUAUCAUGGGGCAUGACGACCCUCCAUUCCGCCCAGACCUGACCUCGGUGGAAGUGAGGCCCGAGUUCGUUGAUUUGAUGGUCGACUGUUGGAGUGAUGAUCCCGAAGAAAGGCCGCAUUUUUUUCGCAUCGUAGAUCGCCUCAAGAAGAUUAGCGGCAGGUAUAAUCAUUUAAGUAUAUUUAUCAAUAUUACAUGCUCAUUGAAAUUAUUAGUAAACCUUGCAAUCUGAUUGGCUUACAGUAGAAUGAUUUAUUCCCUUAUUCCACUUUUUUUGCUUCAAAUGGCAUCUUUUCUAUAGAAAAUAGAAAGCAACAAAUCAGAUUUCAAAGCGUGUAUAAAGUAACCAAUCACAUUACAGGUAAUGAGAGACAAAGAAGCUAUCAUGUCUCAAAUUUUGCAACUUUUGUUCUUAAAACUUUAUCUCUUUUCGAAACUCUGAAUUAAUUUUAUUAGAAAAUUGAGUUUAACAAUUUAAAAAUAAAUGCAAUAAAGUGGUAAUUGAAUUUCGUGUCGUGAAAUUUUGGUAUGAUAUUAUUUUUAUGAUUCGAAAUAUGAAACUCGCACUGCGCGCCCGUUCGAUUUUGAAAUCACGCGUAUGAUUUAGGACCAAAUUUCACUCACUCAGUUAAUUACCAUUACUUAUCAUCACAGUCCCUAAUAUCAUCAUCAUCAUUACAACGUGGCACUUAAAAAUAUUUUUUGUUUGUGCGAUAGGCUGUUAAAUUUAUUCCAUCAUUUCGCACAAAGCGAGCUAAUUUUAGUACUUACCAAUUUCCUCUGCAUUGUUCAGGGGAUCAAACAUUGCAGAAAAUAUGGUGUCUAUGAUGGAAAAGCACGCCAAUCACUUGGAGCGACUUGUGGACGAGCGAACAAGACAACUAAACGAAGAGAAAGAACGAACCGAGAAGCUGCUUAAUCGUCUUCUUCCACCGUAAGUUGGAAUUUAUGCAUCUAUUAGAGUUGCAGCUUCUAUUGAUCUUUGUUACUUAUAUUAUUGUCAUAACUUCCCUUUGGUUGGAUUUAGUUUCGUUUCAACAGCGCAAAUGAAAGCUUUUGAAAUAUAUAAAUGCUGCUAAAAUCAAUUAAUCUAUUCAUUGGUUUCUAGCCUCGCAUUCCGACACACACUAUUAUGUCAAAAAGUUGACAAUACUGUAGUUAUUACGCUCGCAAACAUCCAACGUAGGCGACGAACAAGACCAAAAAAGGCGUGAAGGAUUUUGGUCAGUGCAUACUAGUGGUUCCUUCCCCUAAAAUAGUUCAAUUUACUAUUGCUCUCUGUCUGUAGGAUGGUCGCCGAACAAUUGAAGACACGCAGUUCAGUCCAAGCUCAGGAGUUUGAAGAAGUCACCAUAUUCUUUAGUGACGUUGUGGGAUUCACUAAGCUGGCGUCUCUCAGCAAACCACUAGAGGUAUAAAAACGAUGAGCAGUGUAUACGAACUACGCUAAGUUAAGCUAAAAUUACUCUCGUGCAAUCAGUCUGGAAAAAAUUUUUCUUUGGCAAGCCCAUCUUGGCAAUGAAAUCGAAUUAACUUUUUAUUCAUCGAGUAUAAGGGUCGCAGUGGGUAAUAUUUGCCCUAGGUCGUGGCAGUACGCGAUGUUUCGUGGAAACAGUCCGUUAGGCAAAAUACCAACCUAGUAACAACCAACCAGAACGCCCAGAUUUCCCCAAGCCCUUCUUGCCAUAUAAUAAUGAAGCUUAUCAUCUACCAUGUCCUCCUUCGAAUGUAGAUUGUAGAUUUCCUGAACGAUCUCAACGUCGCUUUUGACGAGAUAAUCACACGAUUUGACGUUUACAAGGUAAGUGCUGAAUGCUUUUGAAAUGCCAUGCACUCCGCUCCUUCAUAUUUUUCCUUAAGACGAAUCAAACAAAAAAUUUACAAUUAUACACCUUCAACUUGGUUACAACGCAGAAGAGGCACGAGCACGCCAGAGUCAAGUGAGAGCCUGGUGUGGGACAAAGCUCUUAUCAGCUCCAGGCCUUCUGGUAAAUCCCACCAUUACGAGGCUCAUAGUUCAAAUCCAUCCUGCAAACUGCUGGAGUCAGAAAUUUCAAUUAUAAAUGGAGAUGGUAAAGUUUGAACGCGCUCGUUGUGUAAAGAAAGAUGUUAUUCAUUUUCUUAGGAGCGCUGAACAAAGGGAAAAUCUGACAAUUUUCUCUAUGAUUAGCACUAUUUUAUUACAGUUUUGUUAAAGUUGACACGAUCGUUCCCUUGCAAGGUCUGAGGACCAAUUUGUUCGGCAAGAACCCUUGUGACAAUAACGUUCCUUUCAGGUCGAGACUGUCGGUGAUGCAUACGUCGUGGUUAGCGGAUGUCCCAAGUUGAACGGCAACAAACACGCUGGAGAGAUCGCGAGCAUGGCUUUGGAGCUUCUAAGUCACAUGUUUUUCUUUCGUGUCCGUCAUCUUCCAGAUCAUCAGCUUCAACUCAGAAUUGGAAUACACACAGGUAGCUUGGACUAUGAUCGCCGCCAUCUUUGAAACUACUCAGUAACCUGGCCGUACAGGCAAAACCACAGGACCCCGGAUAAAAAGUUCAAGGAUUGAACUUUCGUCGAAACCAUCGUGUUGAGUUCCUGGGCGAGGCACUUCUCCCUCACAGUAGCUAUUUUUAUAUAAGGCUCAGUUAUUCAAAGGGCGAAUAACGUCAUCGAACAGAUACAUUGCUAUACAGCGAAAAUCUAUUGGAUAGAGAUUUUUUCAGCGGAUGGUGUUUUCCGUCCUUUGAAUAAAUUAAACGGGUACAGGAACAUAAGCUGGUAAAAACAAACCGUCAAGGUGACUUUUCGAAAUCCAGGGGGGGGGGGAGGGGAAGAAGGAAACAUGCGCUUGAUUAGCAUCUUAUUCCAAAGGAAUAGAAAAUUCGAAUUAAGGAUGGAGGUUAGAGAACUCUCUUAUCAGUUAGGGCAACAAGGCUACAAGGCCUUGGCUGAUAAGAAUGUUUUGUUGUUAACCAUGUUCAUGUAAACGUUGUGAAGAAGAUUUAAAGGCUCCAUAGCCGUUCCAUAAGUGUAAUGUAUUCUUACAUACUGUGCUGUACUGACCCUCAGGUCCUGUUGUUGCUGGUGUAGUUGGCGUCACAAUGCCCCGUUUUUGUCUGUACGGCCAUACUGUUCAUAUCGCAUCCAAGAUGGAGAGCAGUGGCUUUCGUAAGUGCUCUGUUGUCCUACUUUAGUUUCAACGAAUAACUGACUUUGAUUUGUGCUACGAAUGAAGACCUAACAGCUAUAAAGGCCUGGUAGCUAAGUAUAAAGCCUGUUAGCUAAGUAUGAAGGCCUGCUAAGAUGUGCGCACUCGCUUGCAAGUAUUUUUCCCAGACCGAACGUUUCCAAACAAUGUGGGGGCUAGUCAAUAGCGUAAAACGAUUUCUUUUUUGGUUGAAAAUAAAUUCCCAACCCCACUCUAACAUAUAAAAUCGAAAAUGUGAAUUUAAAUCAGUAAUACAAUUUAGUUGUCAGAUAACCUGUCUAAAUUUUUUUUCCGAUUUCCUUUUCAAACAAAUUUGUCGAUUGGGGAAGGUAGAGCACAGAAUUCAUAAAGGAGUUCUUGAUAAAACCGUGAGGAUUUAUUAUAAGGCCUCUGUUGCUUCGCCAGCUCAUCGUAUCCACGUCAGCCGAGAGUCCCGCGCCAAAUUGGUGGAGCUUGGAGGCUAUCAUCUCCAGGAGAAAGGCCAGGCACAGAUUAAGGUGAGAAAUGGCGUUUUUCACAUGGCGUUUCUUUCGAAGACGUUGGUGAUCGUACAAUGACUUAACGGCGCUGAAAAGAAGCUUAAAUACAUCAAUUUGUUUCCUGGACUCAUAAAGACAAAUGAACGCAUUGUACUUGCAAUAGCCAACGGGAACGUUCCCUAAGUGCGGAGAAAAGAAAUAUUUUUAUCGCUCCAAAUGCAAAGUAUAUAGAAAGCAAGCUCUAAAGGAAAACUCUUACGAGGGCGUUAAGGGAAAUUAUCACAUUAUCAAUUGGGGAAAUCUUUUUCGGCAGCGUAAGUGGAGUAGUUAUUAUCAACAAUCAUAACUUAAUAAUGUAAAAAGAGAUGUGCUGAACUCUUAAAUUAGUUUAAAUUAACUAGAUUUAACCUCGUUUCAUUGUGUUCUACAGAGACUGGGUCUAGUCACAACAUAUUGGCUGAUAGGGAAGGAGGGUUUUGACAAACCCCUGCCCGACCCCCCUGAGGAGAUAUCUGAGCCACUCUUUGAGACUUUAGACGUAUAUUAUGCAAGCUAA